UAUUAAAAUAGAGUAGAGUAUGAGAUAAAUUCUACUCCGAUCUCACUACCUCAUUUCUGCACUUUGGUUCAUCGCUUGCCUGUGCAAAUGGAGUAGCAACAAUGGCGGAUUUUGUCAACAGCUCUACUUCGCAUACUGCAUUGGGUUUGUUUGGUGGUUCAAGGUUCUCGUUGAUGAUGGUGGUGCUCUUACAUCAUGUGUUGAGUAAGAGAAUUUCCUAGGAUAUUGGGCUUAUGUAUCUUCUGCGUGCCCCCCAACUUGCAUUCAAACGAAUUAUUUCCAUAGCUGUGAGGAUUGCUGUGCUUCUGUGUGCCUAUCACAAGUUAUUCACAGAGCCGUGGUGUCACCUGGUGUCACCAUUGGGUUUAUAUUUAAAAGAGGAGAAAUACAGCAAUUUUAAUAUGGAGCCAUUGAAAAAUCAUAAUAUCAUGCAUUAUCCACCAGAACAUGGAAAUGAAGAUCAUGGCCCUGUAUCACUAGUUCACGGGACAGGUGCUUCAGGUCAUGAAAAUCCCAGUUUGCAAUACCCAGAGAACCAAUUUUCAGAACCUAAACCUGUACGUAACUUCUCUAUACAGACCGGUGAGGAGUUCUCUCUCGAAUUUAUGCGUGACCGGGUGAAUCCUAAGAUUCCAUUUAUUCCAAAUGUAUAUGGGGAUCCCAGUUAUGUGCCUGGUUACUUGGACCUGAAAGGCAUUAGUCAUACUGGAUCCGGAAGUGGCUCUGAUAUACCCAUGGUUUCUUCAAUGGUAAAAACUUCUUCAGAAAUUGAGCAGAGGAAUGUGUCUUUAUAUGGAAACAGAGGCAACCAUGGCUCUGUGCAAGCAAGACAUGUCUAUUCAGAUUACAACAAUCAGGGCAUGCUUUAUGUCUCGUCCGAGGCUUCUGAUAGUUCAUCACAGAAGCUUAAAGUUCUCUGCAGUUUUGGUGGUAAAAUACUGCCUCGCCCCAGUGAUGGAAAGCUCAGAUAUGUUGGUGGUGAAACACGCAUUAUCCGGAUCAGCAAGGAUAUUACAUGGCGGAACUUAUGGUUGAAAACAACUGCAAUUUAUGAUGAGACACACACCAUAAAGUAUCAGCUCCCUGGGGAGGAUCUUGAUGCUUUAGUCUCUGUAUCUAGUGAUGAGGAUCUGCUGAACAUGAUGGAAGAGUGCAAUUUACUCGGUGGAAGAGAAGAAUCAAGAAAGCUUCGGAUGUUUCUAUUCUCUCUUGAAGAUUUGGAAGAUGCUCAUUUCAGUCUAGCCAACGCUGAUGGUGAUUCUGAGUUUAAAUAUGUAGUUGCUGUCAAUAGCAUGGACAUUGUGUCUAGGAAAACCUCUACCUUUCGUGGGUUAGCAAGCUCAUCUGGAAACAAUUUAAAUAAAUUGGACACUCUUAAUGUCGAAAGGGAAAAAAGUAAGGAUUCUAGUGAUGUUCAGAUAAAUACCUCAGAUAUGGCUGGCUUUGUUGUCCCAUCAACAGUUGGUGAAUCUUCUAAAUCCAUUCUACCAAAUUCCUCCAAUGUUUCAGAAAUUGCACACUUAGGUCAUGGUCAGAUCGUGCGCCAUCAUGAAGACAAGCAUCAACCUCCCCAGUUUGACUAUAAUCUGUAUCCGCCUUAUCAUGCCCCUUCAGGAAGUGCUGUGACUCAAUCUUCUUAUGGGGCUGUUUCUCAACAUAAAGGCCUUGAAGGGAGGCCCCCAGGUUCCUCAGACACACAAGGCACACAGAUACAAGAAAAGGAGGCAAAACUGAGAGUUGAUGGUUCAGUUCAACCGGAAAGUAGGAGUAAUGGUGGCAGAGAAGUUAAUUUUCCAGAUGAGGACUCAACAGUUGUGAUCCCUAAACUGAACAAAGACUUAUCUUCAAAAAUGAUUGAAGGGAGAACCCCAGAACCCGUUUCUGCCUCUAAACCUUUUGAUGUUAAAACAUCCCAACUAUCUAAAUCCAGUGGAAAUGAGCAUAAUGCAUCUGGUAAUGAUCCAGCUCCUGAAUCUGUUAAUUCAGAAUCUGAUCCUACUGCUCUGGGCCAAUCUGAGUCUUCUAUUCCUCCUCAAAGGGUCUAUUAUUCUGAACGAAUUCCUCGAGAGCAGGGUGGCCCACUUAACAGAAUAUCAAAAUCUGAUGAUUCUCGGGGUUCCCAAUUUCUUAUUAAUCACUCUCAUACUGAUAGUGCCCAGCAGGAUUUGGUUUCGGGAUUUUCUGAAAAAUUGCAAAAUGGAAAUGUAGAUAUUCCUGCCGAGCAAUCUAUUUCUACUUAUCCUGCCGAGCCUGAAACCUUUGAUAGCGAGCAUCAUAGAACUCAAAUGGUAGAGGCACUUGAUGUUAAAGACUCCUUGCAUGUAAAUCAAGACCCGACAGAGGUGGAAGUUGGUUUGAAGCUUCCCGCUGAGAGCCACGAGGGUUCAACAAAACAUUCUGAAGAUCCUACAGCUCAUUGGGUUGAUGGGGUCGGAUGUCAGGCCAUUCCUGAUGAUGCUCAUGAGCAUUCUCAACUUCCGAGAACCACAGGAGCUCACACAGAAUCCAAGGCUGCUAUACCCAGAACUGAGCAAGGAGACAUACUUAUUGAUAUCAAUGAUCGGUUCCCUCGUAAUCUUCUUUCCGAUAUAUUUUCAAAAGCUAUUCUUUCUGAUAACUCAUCUGAUAUUGGUCCUCUACCUAAAGAUGGAGCUGGUUUGAGUGUGAAUAUGGAAAACCAUGAACCACAGCACUGGUCCUUCUUCCAGAGGCUGGCAGGGGAUGAGUUUUUGAGAAGGGAUGUCUCUCUUAUUGAUCAAGACCAUGUUAUACAUUCCUAUGCAAAUACAAAGGUUGUAGAUGCACCUUUGGCAUAUGACUUUGUGCCUCUUACGAGAGAUGGAAUUCCUCCUAGUCACCAAGAAUUCCAGGAGAAUUAUGGCAAACAUGAUCAGAAAAAUUCACCGCUUGGAGACCAACCUCACUCUAUGGAUCAUCAUUCUAAUUAUGAUGCACCACAAGCGAAAGUCAAUGAGGGCGUUCAGUAUAGUGAUUUGACGGAUAAUAUGAGAAUUCCAGAUUCAAACUAUGAGGAUGGGAUUGAACAUAUUGACUUGCCUCCUCUAGAACCGUCCUUGGAAGAUUUUGACAUCAACUCAUUGCAGAUUAUACAAGAUGCAGAUCUAGAAGAACUGAGGGAACUUGGUUCUGGCACAUUUGGAACUGUAUAUCAUGGAAAAUGGAGGGGUUCAGAUGUAGCAAUCAAGCGCAUAAAGAAAAGCUGCUUCACAGGAAGACAAUCAGAGCAAGAGCGACUGACCAAUGAAUUUUGGAGGGAAGCAGAUAUUCUUUCAAAGCUUCACCACCCGAAUGUGGUAGCAUUUUAUGGUGUUGUACAAGAUGGACCAGGGGGUACAUUGGCUACUGUAGCAGAAUUUAUGGUUGAUGGAUCAUUGCGACAUGUUUUACUUCGUAAAGAUAGACACCUUGAUCGCCGGAAACGACUUAUAAUUGCCAUGGAUGCAGCUUUUGGGAUGGAAUAUUUGCACUCAAAGAAUAUAGUGCACUUUGAUCUGAAGUGUGACAAUUUGCUUGUCAACUUGAAAGAUCCUUCAAGACCAAUAUGCAAGGUGGCUGAUUUUGGUCUAUCAAAGAUAAAGCGGAAUACGUUGGUUUCUGGUGGAGUUAGGGGAACUCUGCCUUGGAUGGCUCCGGAGCUACUAAAUGGUAGCAGCAGUAAAGUAUCUGAGAAGGUUGAUGUCUUUUCAUUUGGUAUUGUCUUGUGGGAGAUACUCACUGGAGAGGAACCUUAUGCAAACAUGCAUUACGGUGCUAUCAUAGGAGGCAUUGUGAACAACACACUGAGGCCGACAAUUCCAAGCUAUUGCGAUUCAGAAUGGAAACUACUGAUGGAACAGUGUUGGGCUCCGAAUCCAGUGAUGAGGCCAUCAUUUACUGAGAUCGCUAGCCGCUUGCGUGUAAUGUCGGCUGCAGCCCAGCCACGGAAGGCGGCAGCUUCAUAGGGUUUAGACAAGACAGGGCAAUAAAUGACAACGAAAUAGCUUUACAAUCACAACAGCAGGUGUCACGUGGAUAUUGAUGCCGAUCACGUGAUACCCUCUGGUCUUUCCACACUGGAACUCAAGAUUUGCCUCAUUAGCGGCAUCUGCCUCGCGCUCUUCAGUAGGGCUCCCCAAAUCGAUAUUGGGUAUCUGUACCUCUGAAACCCGAAGAAUUAGGUAAUGUACACCAGAUACUCAAAA